AUGUUAUCCAUUCUUUCAUGGAAAAGUUUAAUAUUUGGCUUAUUUUUGUUAGACCAUGUGGUUUGUUGCCAGGAAACAUUUAUAGUUCCUAUGGCGGUGAACUCAAAUCCGCAUAUUCCUCUAAAAUUUGUCGGCGGCUUCUACGCUGGAAGAGCUACACAAGAUGAUAUAGCAGCUUGGACAAGUGAUUUUCCAAUGAAUGAAACUGUUUCAAAAACAGCUACACUUGCUGGAAAUAUAACUCUAUCCGUUAAUAUCACAGUGAUAAGUGUAUCUGAUAACCACACUCACCUAGAAGUGAAAAGCCCAAUAGGGCAAGCAGAAUAUAUUGGCACUCUUUACGGAAACACUUUUGUCAAUUCUUUUUCGUUAAUGAAGAGUGAUGUUCCUGGUAGUGUUUCCUUUUACACGGGUAUUUGCACGGCAAAAAUAUUAUCUUUUCUUAAGACGACCAUAUCUUAUGUCUACGAAAAUGGUUAUAACUUAUUAAGAGCAGUUGGUGAUACAUCUAGUCUUGCCUCUCUAAUUGCUUCAGCAAUUAAGGGUGGUUCAACUCAAAAUUGUGGUGGGGAUGUUGUAUACUGGUGGACAUAUAAUGAUGGGCAGUGGGCCGUUGCCUGGUCCACAUGGACUACUGGAAGUAAUUGUAAAACUACGGCAUCAACUGAUGAUAUAAGAAAUGCCUUUGAACAAAUUGUAGAUCAUGAACUUUCUCAUGAUAAAAUUGGUAUUUGUGUACACUUAAAUCAUGGAGGUACAUGGGAUUCGGAUAUUAGAAUAUUACAAUUAGGUAUCCCGGGGUUUACAACCAAUGCAUGGGAUAUGCAAUGUCCUACUUCUUCAAACUCCAAUUUUGCUUAUGUCAAUGAUUGUUUUAGUUAA